AUGAAACUCUUCAAAACUUUAGGUUCUGAGUUCACAUAUUUUUGGAAAUCAUUCUUAGAAAAUCUUCCUGAAUGGUUUGCAACAAUAUGCCUUGGCUUAGUAUCAGUCGUUAUCGCUUUAAUGAUUGAACCCAAAGAAAGAAUUGCCUUCUUUGAGAAUUUCAACGAGAGAUAUCCUUACUCAGGUGAAACAUUAGGCAUACCUAUUGUCGCUUUACUGAUUAUUAUUCUUCCAUGCGCAGUUCUUGGAAUUCUAACUUUAGCAUAUCCACGCAGAAUGGAAUUAAACUUAGCAGGAAUGAGUUUGGCCCAAUCAUUGUGCUUGACUCUUUUAAUUACAGAAGCUCUCAAAGUUACUGUUGCUCGCCCACGUCCAAACUUUUUCUCUUACUGCCAAUACGACCAAAAUGCAAAGAAAUGCACAGGUCCAUCAUCACAUAAAAGAGAUGCUAGACUUUCUUUCCCAUCUGGCCACGCAUCAAAUGCAUUUGCAACAGGAACAUGGAUGUGCUUAUUCUUAGGAGAAUUCUUCCAUAACAGUGAAGAAAUCUGGUGGAUAAUACUUCGUUUCAUACCAAUAAUGAUCGCUACAUUCAUUGCUGCAACAAGAAUUACAGAUUAUAUGCAUCAUGUAAGUGAUGUUAUUAGCGGUGUUGUUAUUGGCAUUGGAUGCUCUACAAUAAUAUUUAGAGCUCAGUCAAAUAGAAUCUUCAUGACAAAUCAUAGAAGAGAAGAGCCAGUUUCUCUUCUUUAA